CUGCGUACCACUAAAGAGUGACGGACGAUGGUUGCUGGAGUUUGCCGUAGCCAUGUCAAACAAAGAAGUUAAAGCAGCUUUGAAAAGUGCCAGAGAUGCAAUAAGAAAUAAAGAAUAUAAAGAAGCACUGAAGUAUUGCAAGGCAGUAUUGAAGCAAGAAAAAAAUAACUACAAUGCCUGGGUAUUUAUUGGUCUGGCAGCUGCUGAGCUGGAACAACCUGAUCAAGCCAAAGGUGCCUAUAAAAAGGCUGCUGAACUUGAACCAGGACAGUUGCUUGCAUGGCAGGGCCUAGCCAAUUUGUAUGAAAAAACAAACCAUGCUGAUGCCAGAGAGGAUUUGGUUAAUGUAUAUCAGAAACUGCUGGAGCUCUAUGAAAGUACUGAUAAACAGAAAUGGUGUGAAGUAUGUAAAAAACUUGUGGAGCUGUAUCACCAAGAAAAAAAAUUCCUUCAGGUUGCUCGAUCUUGGCAUAAGCUAGUAAAAACAAGAAAGGAAGAAGGUGCUGAUAAUAAUGAACUUCACCAGCUGUGGCAGAGAUUGAUCCAGUUACUGGCAGAGUGUUUGCACCUCCAAGAUAAUGAAACACAGCAGUUGGUUCUCAAUGCAUUUGAACAGGCAGUGAGUUCUUCUGACCCAGCUCCAAGUGAGGCUCACCAAAAGCUUUAUAGAGAGUUCAUUCAGUGUUUGUCAAAAUUGCCUCAUGAGUUUCCUAGACUGAAGAAAGCCUGUGAAGAUAUGAUGGUUUUGUAUCCUUCAGUGAGUUAUCCUUUGGAAGUUCUUUGCCUACAUUUCAUUCAAUCAGGCAGCUUCACUGAGGAGGCUGUUGAGUGUUGUUACAAGCUUCUGAAUAUUGACUCAAGAAGCGGUCCAGCUCUAAUUGGUUUAGGGAUUCGAUCUCUUCAGGAAAAAAAGUAUGAAGCUGCUGACAGAAAUCUAAUAGAAGGUUUGCAGCAGACCAGUCAGUGUUCAACAGGAUGGCGUUACUUAGGAGAAACACAACUGAAAAUGCACAAAUUCAAAGAAGCUGUUCAUUCUUUCAAUCAAGCUCUUAAAACAUUGGGACAACUUAAUGAACCCAGUUGCCGUCAGCUACAAAAAACCCUUGUUCAUCGUUUCAAGGCAGAGGCCUUGAUUAAAAUUCCAGGUGCUGACUUUGCAGAAGAAGCCAUAAAUUCCAUUGAUCAGAUUUUGGAUAUAAACAAUGAUCCCAAGCUUAUAGCCCUUAAAGGACAGGCUUAUCUAAAUAAAGGACUUGCUAAUGAAGCUUUGAAGAUAGCAGAAGAGCUUAAACUGGCAUAUCCUGACUUGGCAGACGUCCACUAUGUUGAAGGAUUGAUCUAUUACACACAAAAGAACUACCACAAGGCAGAAACAAGUUUUCAGAGAGCUAUUGAAAAAGAAGCUGAAGUAGCAGACUUUCAUUUCUCUUUGGGCCUCACUUAUUGGUUUAUGAGUGAUGAGACAAGACGAGAGAAAACCAAAGCUCUCACUCAGUUUCUGAAGGCAGCAAAAUUGGACAGUUACCUGGGGAGUGCUUUCCUCUACUUAGGUCAAUACUACAGGGACAUAGCUGGUGAUAAAAACAGAGCUCUUGGCUGCUAUAAAAAGGCUUUUGAAAAAGAGAGAAUGGAUGGAGAAGCUGGAGCAGCUGUAGUAGACUUAAGCACGGAGCUUGGAGACUUGGAAACUGCUCUUGCUGUCCUGACAGAAGUAACAGAAAGAGCAAGUGCAGGGAGAGCCAAAUGGGCCUGGCUCCGUCGUGGACUCUAUUACCUGAGAGCUGGUCAGCAUUCAGAAGCAGUGGCAGAUUUGCAGGCAGCUCUACGAGCUGAUCCAAAGGAUUCCAACUGCUGGGAAUCUCUAGGAGAUGCAUAUCUGAGCAGAGGAGGCUACACAACAGCACUAAAGUCUUUCCGAAAAGCUCAAGAACUGAAUCCCAAGACUAUAUACAGUAUUUAUAAGGCUGCAGCUAUUGAGCAGAUUUUAGGAAAAUAUAAAAAUGCUAUAACAGAAUAUCAGCAUAUCCUAAAGAAAUCAAAAGAUUAUGUCCCUGCACUGAAAGGUCUGGGUGAGUGCUAUCUCAUGAUGGCAAAGAGUGCUCUUGCUGACUAUCUGGAUGGCAAAGCUCUGGAUUACAUAGAACAAUCUCUUAGCUUUUUAGCACGAGCAGCAAAACAUUGUCCUGAUGUAUCUUGCCUUUGGAAACUGCUUGGAGAUGCCUGCAGUUGUAUUUGUGUGAUUUCCCCAUCCAAAGUGAAUGUGAAAGUUUUAGGAUUCCUUAUUGGUCAAAAUGUUGACAAAUAUAUGUUAAAGAAGAGUGAUCUGCUUAGUCUGGGAGGAAGGUGUUAUGGCAGAGGAUUGAAACUGAUGUCCUCACAAAACAUGUGGUGUGAUCUUGGGAUAAAUUACUACCAUCAAGCACAGCACCUUACAGCAACAGGAGGCAACAAAAAUGAGAUCAGUGAACUAUUAGAAAAAUCUGUACAGUGCCUUAAAAAAGCUGUGAGACUAGAAAGUAAAAACGAUCGUUACUGGAAUGCCUUGGGUGUUGUGGCCUCUUGCAAAGGCAUUGGAAACUAUGCCCUUGCACAACAUUCCUUCAUUAAAUCUAUUCAAGCAGAACAAAUUAAUGUUGUUGCCUGGACCAAUUUAGGAGUCUUGUACUUAACAAGUGGCAAUAUAGAGCAAGCACAUGAAGCCUUCAAAGUAGCCCAGUCCCUGGAGCCCUCCUAUCUGACAUGUUGGAUUGGGCAGGCUCUCAUUGCAGAAACAGUAGGCAGCUAUGAAACCAUGGACCUCUUCAGGCACACCACUGAACUCAGCAUGCAUACUGAAGGAGCAAAAGGCUAUGCUUAUUGGGUGUGUUCAACUCUGCAAGAUAAAACCAAUAGAAACACUGAAUUGUAUAGGUACAAUAUUCUUCAGAUGGAUGGAAUUGUUGCAGCACAAGUCGCUCUGACCAAAUACACAGAAAGAAUCCAAAAUGAUGCAUGUGCCUUCACAAUGCUUGGUUAUUUAAAUGAAUAUCUCCAAUUGAAAAAACAGGCAGCAGAUGCAUACCAAAGAGCAGUUCUGUUGCUGAAGAAUUCUGAAGAUAAGGAUAAGUACAAUAUAGCAAUGAGAAAUUAUGGUAGAUCACUGUGUGUUCUAGGUCAUUGUGAUGCCAUCCAGGCCUAUUUAUCAACUCUGCUUACGGAAUUCGAAGAUAUUGUAGGGAUUGCUCAAGCAUAUUUCAAGAAAGGCCUUUUUCAAGAAAGCCGAAAUGCUUAUGAAAGAGCACUGUCUCUUGCUGACUGCGAGCAAGAUAAAGCAUGUAUCCUAACAGCUCUUGCAAUAAUGGAAUUCAAGCAGAAUCAGGUGGAUGCUGCAAAGACCCUCUUGUUUAAGUGUUCUAUAUUACAGGAACCUAAUAUGGAAAGUCUGCAAGCUUUGUGCACUUUAGGGCUGAUAAAACAGGAUGCUACACUUGCAACAGCAGCCCUUAAAGAAUUACUGAAGCACAGAGAAAGAAAAGAUAAUGGUUAUGAGAAGUGCCUUCUUACAUCUGCUGUUUACGCAUUGCAAGGAAGAAACGUAGCAGUCCAGAGACAAGUUUCUAAAGCUGUCCACAGCAACCCAGAUGAUCCUGGCCUGUGGUCCCUUCUGUCCCGAAUGGUACCUCGGUACACACCAAAAAAUGCAAAGGGUGGGGCUGUAGCAGGAACUAUUGCUCGCAUACUUGGUUUAAAUCAUGGAAAGAAAGCCUUGCUGAAUACAUCAGUUAAUCAGUUGGCAUUAGGCUAUCACAUAGCAGAAGAUCAAAAGAACAAUACACUGAAAAAUAUCCAGAAGGCAGCGCAUCUUUCUCCUGAUGAUCCUUCUGCUUGGGCAGUACUUUUGGCUGCAUGUCAUGCUGAAAAUGUGAUUGUAUGUCUGCAUAAUACACAUCCCAAGAAGACCAAUUUGGACAAGAUGUUUGUAGCCACAAUUUCAGCUAAAACUAAAGAAAAGAAUUUUCCAGCUUCCCAUGCACAGUUGCUUGAAGAAUGGUCCCUUUUCCAAGCUAUUACUGGCUUAAAUGAAUCUGGGAGACCCUCAGAAGCUGAGGCUCUGUGCACAAAGGGACUAAAAAAAUUUCCUGAGCAACCUACUUUGUACUUGCUCUUAAGGCAAGUUCAGUGUAAAUCACUCCUGCAGUCUCACAAAGAGCUUCCUGAUGCCAUCUUGGAAGAGCUUCGAAAGGCAGUGAUGUCCAACUCCACUUCAAUUACAGCUUGGCAUUGGUUGGCACAAGUGUAUCAGUCCCAAGGAAUGAUGGUAGCUGCAGAGAUAUGUUUCCGAAAAAGUCUGCAGCUGGCAUCCCAGCAAGGCAGCUGGAGUGGGAAGCUUUCUAGUCUACUAAGGCUUGCUAAACUUGCCCUGGAAGUCUGCAUGGCUAAUAUUUCUAAUGAUCACUGGCCAUCUUUGGUUCAAGAAGCAACAACAGAAGCCUUGAAACUUUCCAUGUGUCCAGUGGGUGUUCUUUUACAAGCACUUCUGCAGUACAGUCGCAAAAUGGGAUCAAGGGAAACUCGUCGCAUGCUAGAAAGGGUGGUGUAUCAGUUGGGGUAUCCGGAAACUGUUGUUUCAGUUGCCAGAUGGUAUCUCCUAAGACAUUUAUACGGCAAAGAUGAUUAUCAAUUAAUAGAUGCUCUUAUAGGGAAUGCCAAAGCUAAUGGAGAUGUUCGAACUUUGGAACUAGACAAGAAACUGUCAGCAGCAGCAUCCACCUAAUAUGACCUUCAAUGAGGACAGGAACAGACAAAAAUUCAUGACAACCUCCAUCAAAAUAGCAGUUGUUAUUUAAAGUCAAAGUUCCUUUUUUGGGAAAAAGUAGCAGUUCUUUUCCUCUCUGUUUUAAAAAGAAGCUGUUGUUAAACUGCUGAGAAGUAAUUCAGUUGAGAUUUGUUUGUGCAAAGCUUAGCAAAUAGCAACUGUAGACAUUUACAGGAGUAAUGCUUGCUUGGCUUCAGCUACAGUGCCAAGUAGAGCAUGUUUCUGCCAUUGAAACGUGGCCUUUGCCAUAUGUACAGGUGUCUUUAUUGCUAGGUAGAUGCUAAGCCUUCUGCAAAAUAAAUUGUAUUACAAAGUGUUAGAAAUGGAGGUAUGCUGGCCUCCUCCAUAAUACUGUAAUUUUUAUUCUCUCUCCACUUCUGCGAUUUAGUUUCUAUGCCAAGAUUUCAAUGAUAUUUCAAAUUCUGUUAUCUCAGUAUUCACAGGAAAUAAAAAAACAAUGAAUUUUCUCUGUUUCUUUUU